AUGGGCGGAAGCAGCCUCGGCUCCAAUCCUGGGCUCCAAAGGGCCAAGUUCCGCGGUCGAGAGGCGCGGAAGAAAUUUGUGGAUAGGUCGAAGGAAGAGCCAAUGAUUGGGGGAGGGGAAAUUUUAGAAAGGCAGGUGAAGUAUUUGAUUGACAGCGGUAUUGGCCAGUAUGCAAGGGGGCCGUGCUUUGGGGGCUGUAAUUGGCGCUACCUGUUGAAGGACGCAAGUAUGAAUCAAUAG